AAAAAAGAUCGCAUUGGACCCAUCGAACCAGACUCAAUCUCAACCGUCGAUUAUAUCAUCCAACGGUCGCAAAUAAUCUACAGUAAAGAUCCUUUUUCCCCCUUUCUCGAUUCUUUCGUUUCGAUCAUAAACCCUAAGUUCACUCUCUCCUCGAGAAAUUCGUAAAAAACGACGAUCGUCUGUCCGCUUCUUCACCAUGUCUCCUCGUUUCUAGAAAGACAAACCACAUGAACAGAUCUCGAUCCUCUCAAACCGAGUUUCUCGUUUUUUUUUCUCUCUCUCCCAUCUCCAGAGAUCUAAGUUUGAUACAAAGAUCGAUUUGGUAAAGAAUCUGCCCAUCUCCCUUUCAAAAAUACCCGUUUCGAUUUUUUCCUCAAUUUUCUUUUAACUGGAAAAGGAGAGAUCUUUUGGGAUUAAAGUUGCGUGAUUUCUGUAUAAACUGACAUACAGAUUAGUGGUGGGCAUUAGAUCAAAAGGAAGGGGAUUUGACUAAGCCAAACUCUAAGCGAAGACCAAGUAACAAGUCAAGUUCAGUGAAACGGUGUCGUACCAGAUGGGAAUGAGACGAACCACACGGGUUUUCGUGGCCGCAGACGGAGCCCGUGUCCUCCGCUCGGGUCGCCGGAUCUCUCACAAUAACGUCGACGAACCUAAGGUGAAGAGAGCUAAAGGCAAAGGAGGGAAAAAAGGACAAGACUUUACUGCCAACAAACGGAGGAAAGUGAGUACUGAAGCUGAGGGAGAUGAACAGUGUGUUGUUGAUAAGAAGUUUGGGAUUGUAUAUAAUAGGAAGAAAAGGAAGACUCUUCUCUCUAACCAAUCUAGUAACACAUCAGUGAAGCCACUUCAGUUUUAUUCCAGGCGAAGAAGAACACUCUGUGUUGUUCCUUUGAUUACUCUUAGAGUAGUCUGGUCUUGUAAGGAACCCUGGUUCUCUACUGUUUUCGGUUUGGUAAUGAGGUACUUGAGAAGGGGACAACAGCUUAGUCUGCUUUCACUCGCUUCUUUCUUCCUGUCUCAGCCUGUUAAAGACGUGUUUGCAGAUCAUGGGGUGCGGUUUCUUCUUGCGCCUCCUCUUCUUAGCUCAUCAAGGGGUGUCUGCAUGUUCUUUGGGGAGAUGAAUCGUCUUCCUCUUUUGUCAGCUGAUUUUUCUGCUAUUCCGAGAUGUUUCGUGGCUAUGCAUUUUACUCUAUCUCUCAGAGUGGCGUCACGCUCCUUUGCUUUCGUGGAGAGAUAUCUGUUUCUGCUAAACAGUCCGGUUGAAGAAGAGUGUGAUUCUGAGUCUGAAUUAGUUUUGUCUCCACCUUGUAGUCCGAGGAACAAUGAAGGUGUAGUAGCAGUCUCGAAGAUAACUGUAGCGAAUGCUCAAUGUAGAAGCAGUUUGGGUUUCCAUAGUAGUGUUCAGAAGAGGAGAAGAAGCUCUCUAAGAACGAGAAGAGCAAGAAGUGUUGUACACAAGUGCAAUGUUGUAACGCAACAGAAUGUGAAAGUUAUUCCUAUACCUGUUGUAAGAGAAGUGUGUGGGUAUGGGGAUGAUGAUUCUCCCUCGUUCCCUAUGCCGGUUGCAUAUAUCUCUGUGAAAGAAGAUGAGGUUUCAAGGGCCAUGGCUCGAAGCAGUGCGAUCUAUGACAUGGAUUCUGGAGAUGAAGAGUGGCUGAGGAAGCAGAACGUGGAAGUGUUUGGUAAAGAAGAUCAACCUCUUCAGCAAGAUACUUUUGAGUUGAUGAUUGAUGGGUUUGAAAAGCGGCAUUUCCAGAGCCUUGCCGAUGAUCUCUUGUAUGAGAAAGCGACCGUUGUUGCUAGUCUUUUGUAUCUGGGUAGGCAAGAGGUGCUCGAAGCAGUGCAUGAUUACUGGUUGAGGAAAAGGAAGAAGCGAAAAGCACCACUCCUUAGAGUUUUCCAGGGUCAUCAUCGAGCGAAGAAAACUCCCCAACCUUCCAAAACUGUGUUUCGCAAGAAAAGAUCCUUCAAAAGGCAGGGGAAAUCCAAACAGCUAUAUCUCGGGCCUGUAAAAACGGCUGAAGAAGAAGCUUUAGAGGAACAAAACGCUAUUCGUCGAGAGGAAGAAGCCAAGGCCUAUGCUGAUACAACCAUGGAGAUAGCCAUUGCUAGAAGAAGAAGAGCGCAAGUUCUUGGAGAGAAUGCAGAUUUGGCUGUUUACAAAGCCACGAUGGCUCUUAAGAUUGCAGAAACCAAGAAAGCAGCUGAACCGAACGAGAUGGCCAGAAAACUAUUCUUGAACUGAUGGUGAUAUUAGCAAAGAAAAAUACAAAGCUUGCUACGCAAACUACUGGAACUGAAUAGGAAUUUGGGGUUUUAGGGGGAAUUUUUUUGCAAAGAGGAUGAUGAUACGAGAGUAUAGUCACUGUAUAGACUUCUUGUUAACGUGUAUAGUUUUUCUACGUUGAUAUUGUAAAUAGGUUUAGAUUUUUUUUUUAGGUUUUUUUUUUGUUUUUGGGUUGGUAUUACCUCGCUACCUUAACAUGAUCCAUCCUCACUUUUGUUUUUUCGUUUUUCUUCGGACUAUUAUGAGUUUGAAGAAAUGAGAAAAAAUAAGUAUAGAAGAUGUUUUGGCAAUGAUCAAUCCUAUGUGUUUGCUGUAA